AUGGGUAAACAUAAAAAGAGACGUCAUGAGGAUCGCGAUGAGAAGGCUGAAAUUUUUCGGAAAGUUCAAAAAUUGAAUGAUCAGGUUCAGCGUCUUUUUGGACAGUCAACCGGCGAUUCUCGUGAGGACAAAGAAAAUCAGGAGAAUGGGAAUUUGACAUCACCUGCCUCAAAGGCGUCUGACAUUCCCAAGAAUGAUGAAAAGACCCAAUCGCCUCCUGUACCUCUCAUAUUCGCGCCAGACGCAUCGGUCCCAGAGACGAUCAUUUCAACACAGCCCCCUGAGGGUACGGUUCCUCCAGAGGAUGAGCCUGUCAUUGUAAAUCUGGAGAAUGAGGCCUCGAGCCUGGAUCCUGAGGUGUUGGAAGUUUUGGGCGCUGACCCAUCGAAGUCCCAGGAGCUAGAAGUAUCCCUCGAGGGUGAGCUGGAGGCUCGUUGGACAUUUUGGUUGACAAAACCCCUGGAGAAAGAGGUUUUGGAUAAACUAAUGAACAGUUAUCCACGCUCGUCAACAAAAUGUCAAUUCGAAGCUCCAAAACUGAAUCCUGAGAUUUUAGCUAUCUCAACAGAUGCUCUGAUUGAGAGAGACAAAAAAUUUUGUGCUUCACAAAAUCUGACAGGCUCGGCUCUAGUCGCGCUGGGGACUGCAAUCUCCGAUCUCCUUCAAAACGAGGAGGUCGAUAAACUAGAUCUCCUACAAAAACUUUGCGAUGCAGGAAAACUAAUGACUCAAAUCCAUCGAGGUUUUUCUUCAACCAGAAGAGCGUUUAUUUCACCGAGCCUCAAUAAACAGGUUCGUGAUGUUUUGGAAGCCACUUCACCGGAUCACCAACUGUAUGGAUCCAAUCUCUCAGAGAAGGUGAAAGAAGUCAAGACCUUGUCCAAACUGAGUCAAGACUUGAAAGUUACUCCAGCUCUUCCAAAGAAAAAUUCUUUAAACCCGAAGGGCCCGCCUGUGAAGUUCAGGAGACCACAAGCGGGCACAAGACCUCGAGGGAAUCCACGAGGGAGCAACAGCUACCCCAGCAAUUCCUACAAUCGCAAGCCACCAGCCCGUCCCCCCAAGAGUCAAGUUCCAGCUCCAACAGCCCCAAGCAAUGCUCAGGAAGCAAAGAAGUGGUAA